AUCAGUACUUGCAGUGUUGAUCUUCCAAGACCUCUGCAGUUCACCCUGUCAUGCUGUCAAUCAUCUUCUGGGCCCAAGAUGUCCUGACUGAUGGAGCCCAUUCGUACAUAAUUAGUGCUUGUAGGUUUUUGUUUGUCCAGCCGUCUCUUGAGGAUUGACCACAAGUUCUCAGUGGGAUUAGAGUCUGGGGAGUAUUCUGGCCUUUCACCUUUUAUGUUUUUAGAGACAGACCAUCAAACUGCAGCAGAUGAUGGAGAAACUCCUCAAUAUGGAACAGACCAUCAAACUGCAGCAGAUGAUGGAGAAACUCCUCAAUAUGAAAACCAAGCUGCAGCAGAAGAUGGAGGAGCUCCAGGAGGAGAAAACUAAGCUGCAGCAAAAGAUGGAGGAGCUUCAGGAGGAGGAAAAGAUCAUCUUACUGCAGCAGAUGAUGGAGGAGCUCCUGAACAUGAUAACCGAGCUGCAGAAGCAGUAUGAGGAGAUCCAGAAGGCGAAAACAAAGCUGCAGCAGUCUGAUGAGGAGCUCCAAAAGGCGAUAACCGAGCUGCAGAAGCAGUAUGAGGAGAUCCAGAAGGCGAAAACAAAGCUGCAGCAGUCUGAUGAGGAGCUCCAAAAGGCGAAAACCAAGGUGCAGCAGAACAUGGAGGAGCUCCAGAAGAUGAUGACCGAGCUGCAGCAGAAGAUGGAGGAGCUCCAGAAGGAGGACCAGACCAUCAAACUGCAGCAAGAGAAAGAAGAGCUCCUGAAGAAUUUUACCGAGCUGCAGCAGAAUAAUGAGAAGUACCAGAAGGAGAACACCAAGCUGCAGCAGCAGUAUGAGGAACUCCAGAAGAAGAAAACCAAGCUGCAGCAGCAGUAUGAGGGACUCCAGAACGAGGUAACUUUACUUAAUUUACAAUAA